AACAAAGCGGCGAGAGGAAAACAGGGCAAAACAGAGAUGCAAGCAGGGCAAAGCAGAGAGGAAAAACAGGGCAAAACAGAGAGGAAGGAAAAUGUAGGAAAGGAAGAAUGCGGAAGCCGAGGGGAAGUGCUGGAAAUGCAUUUCCACGAUCAGCUAUUUAUUUCAUAAAUUAAUAAUGUUAAUGACAAUAAUAACGUAAUGAUUGUAAACCGGUACAGUUUAUAAAAACGAAACGCCGAUAGACGAAAACGAGAUAAAAUAUAGUUUUCUUUCGUUUGAGAGGUCCAAAAAUAUCUUCUAUCGACAUAUUUAUAGCUUGCUUUUCCUGUGCUGCCUUUAGGCUAAAGUUGGAAUUGGCAUGAGAAAGAAUUCAGCCUGUUUCUGUCUGAAUUGAAGCGAGCCUCAUACAUCAAGAAUCUCAUGACGAGCUCAGUUUUAGGCCGGUAGAAGCAAUUUCGCUUCAUUUAAACUAUCAGUUCUCUUAAGAAAGGAUCGAAGGUCACAACUUCAAACACUCCCCUUUAAAAAGCGGGACUGUGUGCCUAAGAAGCUAAUAUAUAUAAUAUUCUUAAAAGACGCUCCCUGAACUGGGUCUGAAUUAUGGUUUCACGUGCCAGUCAGAGCUGUUUAAUUUUACACAGAUCCUUAAUGCCCUUGAGAAAGACAUAAACAUCACUGAAUCCGAUCGCCCCAUCUUUUUAGAUUGUCAGUUUUUCAUUUAGAAAAAAAAAGUAGAAGAAAAAAAAAUAAAAAAAAAAAUUCAAGUGGAAAGAGCAGACGUAAGAUAAGGUGCGCGGACGAGAACGGAGCUAGCCUCGUUUGCUUUAGUCUCGUACUUUUUAUUGAUUUAUUUUAGUUUCGCACAAGGUUAGCGUUUAUUCGCGUGAUAACUCCGACAUGGCGACAACCAGCCAACGCCAGCAGAAGAAACGGUGCAGACACAGGAUAGCAGCCUUUAAUUUCCUCACGAACAUCUCGUUAGAUGGCACGCACAGGGAUACUAAAUAUGCUAUGUUCAACUAUAAUAAGAAAACUUCCGAAAGGCAAGAAGAGAGCAAAGAAAACAGUGGCCGUUAUGAUGCACCAUCGCGGUCUGCCACGGCGGCGACGACGACAGCGUCAGAUCGAAAACAGCGAUCACAAAACUAUUUAUCUUCCAACUUAGAUGAACAAACGAAUUGUGCUUACAGUAGAAACAUUAGAAAUAGUAGCCCGGUUAAAUCUAUCAAUACGGCCGAAUUGGACGGUCAUAGGGCAGAAAUGGGCGAAGGACUUCACCGUUUUAACUCUGUCGGUUUCCAUAAACAACAGAGUCUGUGUGAGACCGUCCAGCGCGAUGGUACUUGCACUUCUGCUGUUCAAGCUGCAUCCAGUGAGAAGGAAUUUCUAAGGAACAUCACACCGACCAAACGAUGGAGAAAAUAUUCCGCACCUACUAAGGUUCUACAGAGCCAUUUUCAACAUAGAAUGAGAGCAGUCCUCUCGGAUUCUACUCCUCUUCGCAGAGCCAGUUCUUAUUCUGGAGAUUCAGAGAAGUUGUUGAAGAGGAAGAUUCUGUCUUUUACUACCGAAGCCACAGCUGCCAUUCCUAGUAUGAAGGGUAUCAAAGAGAGUAUAGAGAGAUUUGUUAAUUAUGAUGAUGAUGAUGGUGAUAAUAAUGACGAUGAUGAUCAUGAUGAUUUUGUUGUGUUUGUUGUGUCAGCUGAAAGGGCUUCUCGACAGUCGUACUCCCUGUCCAGUAGCUCCAGUGAAGGGGUCGUGAAAGAAUCUGGCGAAAUACACUUCAUUACUCCACAUAAAAAGAGAAUAAUUAAAGAUGAGAGAGUGUUACUUGUGAGUCAAACAAAAGUUCCUUUAGCCAUUUUUUCCGUAAUUCCCUACCACAGAUCUACACAACACGGCUCCAAAUUAGAGAUCCAUCAGGAAGAGACUCGUUUACGUCAACAUUCUGGUCAAAGGACAUCAACUUGUACCUAUGAUGGGCUGGCAAACCUUGCAAUUGAAGCUAUUGAAAAGGUUGAAGGCCAGCAAGAUGUUUCUUACAGUCGUUUUCUGGUGCCAACAUCUCAACAGUCAAUUUCCUGGAAACAGAUUCAGGAAACACCACCUUUGGUUCCACCUGGUGGUGCAACAUCAGACACAGUUUCCGGUCGCGAGAUAUUGCGUAGUAUUUCCCAUGAUUCCCAAAGAGUCAGCUGUGCACCGUUGUCUUUAGACACAGUUGUGGAGGAAGAUGAACUGAAAUACGAACCAUACCUUUUAGAUGACCCUGAACUCCAGGCUGGCAGUUAUCGCACUCUACUGACUUUCCCAUCAUACAGAACCUCAAUCAUUGAUUAUGUGAAGCCAUCAAGCUUGAAGAAAGAACUAAAUGAGAAGUUCCGCAAUCGUUUUCCUUUAAUUCAGUUGACCCUCAGCAAGCUACGAAGUUUGAAGAAACAGAUGAAAAUAAUAGCACACACCAAAUGUAAUGCUGACAUGUGGAUUGUGGCCCAAGCAUAUGUCUUCUUUGAAAAACUCAUUCUAAAACACUUCAUCAACAAACAAAAUCGAAAGCUGUGUGCUGGAGUCUGUCUUUUGCUUUCCGCCAAAUUAAAUGAUGUCAAAGGAGCUGAUGUGUCAAAGCUGAUUCAACAACUGGAAGAUGACUUUCGAAUACACAGAAAGGAACUGUUAGCAUUUGAGUUUGUGUGUUUAGUUAUGCUUCAGUUUUCUCUCCAUUCUCCAGACAUGGAAAUCUACCCACACUACCAACGUCUGCUCUAUAAUUCUUGACCCCGGCUCUCCCCAAGCAAAUUCCUACUUUCCAAUGUUCCCAACACUGGAAUGCCUGCAUUUGCUUUGGUACUUCUGUUAUUCAUUGCUAUUAUUUAUAUUCAGAGCAUUUGUCUUCCUCAACCUGUGGACCAAAUGACUGAUGUUUUUUUCCCAUUCUUUCUCUUAGCUUUUCCACACCAACAUUGCUUUCUUUUACCAAAAUACCUCAACUUAGGAAUAAUUAGUGUUGCUAACAGCUGUUAAUUUGGUAUUUUUAAUUCCCUCAACAUCAGUCCAUUAACUUUCUCUAAAGUAUGUUUUUUCUUGUUUUAUUACAAUUUGUUUACUUUUUAACAAAAAAUUUAUUGUUGAUUUUUGAGGGAUUUUUUUUUGUUUUCUUUUCUUAUUUUGUUUUGAUUUUUUUCACUUUUCAAAAAAGAAUUGGUUGAUUCUUAGUUUUGUUUAGGUUCUAUAAGAUUGCUUUAGAUUUUGAGAUUCAUUUUUUGUAAGUUGAGGAACAUAUUCCAUUGUCAAGUUGUGGAAUAUCUGCUGGAAUUAUUUCCCCAUUUUAAUUAAUUAACAGAAAGAAGGAAGUAAUGAACAAAAGUAAAAGAGGUGGAAAGAAACAAAAAACAUUUUACCAAAUACAACAUUUCUAGAACUUUCUUACUGAUAAUUUUUGAUUUAGUGACUGUAUGUUCUGGAGGAGUGUAUGUCCUGGAAGGGUUGUAUAUCUUGAGGUGUGUAAGCUCGGGAGGUUUAUCGCUGGAGGAGUGAUUACCUUCGUGGAGGUAUGUUUUAUGCAUGUAUAUUCUGAAGGUGUAUGCAUUGGUGGUGUGCAUUUUGCAGGUGUAUAUGUUGGAAGGUGUAUGCUUUGGAGAAAAGCUUUGUCUCGUAGAUAUCGUGUGUAUAUGUCUAUACACACAACAGUGUGUAUAUAUUCAGCAAGUGUGUUUUCCCUUGUUUGUUAUAUUUUAAUCAACACAACAACUAACUAUCAUUAACAAAACAGUUAAUUACUUCAAUCAUCAAUCUAUUUAUUUAUAUAGCUCUGUCUCUUCCCUCUACAAACAUCCACAUUCACUGUAACCCCAUGUCUCUGUGUAACAGGUUGGUUUUUCAUGUGGCCCACAAACCUUCCUCUCUAUGUUGUCAUGUGUCUGGGAAGGGUUAAGGGUGGAUAAUCCAAUUUUGAGUCACUCAAAUUCAUUAUGCCUGCUCUCCCUCUAUAUAUAUAUAUAUAUAUAUAUGCUGUUUUUUUUUGUGUGUGUGUAAUUGGAGUGAAUCGAGUGAAAGGGUUCAGUUCUCAUUCAUUGCUUCUGUUUCCAUUUGCAUGACAUCAUCUUUAAUCUCACAACUAACAUGUUCCAAGGGAGAACUCAGCAAAAUGGUCAGCGUUGUUUCGUUUUUUUCUGUUUUUUUGUUUGUUUUUGUUUGGUCUCUUUUCUCUGAAUAACUCAGUUAUUUUGCAAGGAAAUAACUGAGUUACUCACAAACUUUCUCCUCCUUAUUGAAAUUUUAUGACUUUAAUGACCCAACGAAUGAAGCUUCAAUAAGGUAGAGGUGAGGGUCGGGUAGGAUGUUGAAGUAUUUUGGUGAAGGUCCAGACUGUUACUGCUUUUAUUAUUGCAAAUGGUAAUGUAAAUAAUUGUUUUGACAAAAAAAAAACAAAACAACCCUCUGCUUUAAUUAAUAUUGUGAUUGCCAUUAUUGUUUAUCUUCAAUUAACAUUAGAGAAAAAUGUUCAUUGGGAAAAAAAAAAAAAACAAUCCAAUAUUCAAAACAAGAAUAUAAGAAAACACAAAAAAUGAAAUGAGAUA